AUGGCUUCGGAGUUAGAUGUUGGGACCAGCUUUAUACCGUCCCUAUACAAACCAGCUUCCCUGCUACCUAUUGCAAGGCAUAAACAGAGCAUAUUGUAUCUCGUGGAGACUUAUCCAGUCACCAUUGUUGUUGGCCAGACUGGCAGCGGGAAGACAACGCAACUGCCACAAUACCUUGACCAGGCAGGAUGGUGCACAGAGGGAAAAGCCAUCGCGGUGACACAGCCUCGUCGAGUAGCUGCUACCACAGUAGCAGCACGUGUGGCAGAAGAAAUGCGUUGCAAGUUAGGCGAGGACGUAGGCUACUCGAUUCGUUUCGAGGACCGGACGUCUGCUAUGACAAGGAUUAAGUUCUUGACAGACGGAAUGUUACUCAGAGAGGCUCUUGUAGACCCUCUUUUGUCGCGCUACUCUGUGAUCAUGGUUGAUGAGGCACAUGAGAGGUCACUGAGCACUGAUAUACUUUUGGGCAUUCUCAAGAAAAUACUUAAAAGACGUCCUGAGCUUCGCAUUAUUGUUAGUAGCGCGACACUUCAGGCAGAAGAUUUUCUACGCUAUUUUGCCGGAGACGAAUCUCAGCAGGGUCCGAAUGGUGAGGUUGGUGGGAACACCGGAAAAAUCAUAAGCAUUGAAGGUCGAAUGUAUCCAGUCGAUACUCUGUUCCUCGAGUCGGCGGCAGAAAAUUAUGUGGAACGAAGCGUGAAAACAGUGUUUGAUAUACACUUGCAGGAAGGUGAGGGCGAUAUCUUGAUCUUUUUGACGGGCAGAGAAGAAAUCGAGACUGCGAUUCAGUUGAUCUCUGAACGUGCAACGACUCUCCACCCGAAAUCUCAGUCUUUGUUACCCCUCCCACUCUAUGCUGGCCUCACCACGGACCAGCAAAUGUAUGUGUUCGAACCCGCGCCGGAGAAUACGCGGAAAGUGGUCGUGUCGACGAAUAUUGCCGAAGCUUCCGUUACUAUAAACGGGAUCGUCUACGUUGUUGACUGCGGGUUCGCGAAGCUCAGAGCAUACGAUCCAAGCACAGGUAUUGAAACUCUGACAGCAGUACCAAUCUCGAAGGCUGCGGCUGUUCAGCGCGCCGGCCGAGCUGGAAGAACAAAGCCAGGGAAAUGCUUCCGUCUAUAUACGCAGCAUGCAUAUGAGCAGUUACCCGAUGCCACUAUACCGGAGAUACAACGAUCCAACCUCGCUCCUGUGAUAAUGCAGCUGAAAGCUCUGGGCAUAGACAAUAUCGUCCGGUUCGACUUUCUCACUUCGCCGCCUGCAGACCUUGUGAUACGUGCAUUUGAGCUCUUAUACUCGUUAGGCGCCAUUGAUGAUUACGCCAAACUGACGAAGCCCUUGGGUAUGCGGAUGGCAGAACUUGCUGUUGACCCCAUGAUGGCGAAAGUCCUCCUCUCUGCGCAAUCUUUUGGUUGUUUGAGCGAAAUCCUUACUAUUGCCGCUAUGGUCAGUCUCCAAGGGGCAGUGUGGGUCCAACAUGACGGAGAUAAAAAGUCGUCUGAGAGCAGCCGCAGAAAGUUCGCAGUUGAAGAAGGUGACCAUCUCACCUAUCUUAAUGUCUACCAAGCUUUUGUCACCAAGGGAAAGAAGGAAUCCAAGUGGUGCAGGGAUAACCUUUUGAACUAUCGGUCCCUGCUGCGAGCAGUCAGUGUCAGGGCACAACUAAAGAGAUAUCUCGAACGCUUUGGUAUUCAGGUUGAUGAGACUUUUCCAUCCCAUUAUAAUAAAUCCGAUCUCUCGAAGCCCGCCGAGAAGAUACAGCGAUGCCUCACGACGGGUUAUUUCGCUCAUGCCGCGAGAAUGCAACCGGAUGGCACCUUCAAGACAGUUAGUGGAGGCAUGACUCUCCAUGCUCACCCGAGCUCCCUUAUGUUUAACCGAAAAGCGGACUGGGUUAUUUUCCACGAGAUAAUGCAAACUGGCGAAAAAACUUUCAUUCGGGAUAUCACCAAGAUCGAGAAGAGCUACCUUCUCGAGUAUGCUCCAAACUACUAUAAUAUGCAGUGACUCGACGCAUUUGAUAUCUGAACAUGAAUUGUGGACAACUGAAGUCCGGCUCCUAAUGCAUUUAGAAAGCACUAUAAUUGCCUUGCGUAUGUGGAAUGCAGUUCAUAAAAACAUGGCAUCAAUACGCCCCGAAGAAAUCAGUCUCACUGUCCAGGCAUGAUUCGUCCACCGACACCGUUCACACCGGGAAUCGCGACGUGAUCAUUGGGAUUAGCCGCUGCUUCGUACAGAAAGCUGACGGGCUCUCUGUUUAGGGCCAUGAAUUGGCCCUUGAGUCCAAUGUACCCGACUUUUGUCACUUCUUCCUCGCCACGGCUCCAGUUGUCUUCGAAGAAUAAAGUGACUGAAGUAGUAGCGUUCCAGUGUGCACGGUUCAAAGGCAGCUCGAAAACAUCAGUUCCAGGGAUCGGCUGUGGCACUUCAAUUGUUUGUGUCGGCUUGAGCUCCGACGCGGUUGAGAAGUCGAGGUCAUCACGAUUUUUGAAAAGUUUCAGGGUCCUCGGAGCGGAUGGUGUGGGUGCAGUGUAUAUAAGGAUAGAAUGAACGUUGACUUGGCCAGUGAAUCUAUA